AUGUCAUUGAUACCGGCAGGGUCUUCGCCGCUACUCGAGCUUUCUCGAGGCCAUCAAAGUGCGGUACUGGCUUGUAAAUUCUUGAAUUCGGGCAAUACUGCAGUUUCUUCAGGUCUCGACGCUCAUCUAAGUGUCUGGGACUUGCAAAACUUAAGACAUUACGAGAUAGAACACUUAUUUCGUCAAAACCCGGCGAUAACAGCAUUGACGACGCUUGAUGGUCCAUUACUCGUGGCCGGAGCAUCUAACUCACAAAUCGCCUUGGUAGACUUGGAAACGGGACAGAAACUGCGAAAUUACACCGGCCACACCAGAGCUGUGAACCAGAUAUAUUCCAUCUCGAAGGACAAAUUCGUAUCGGUCGGCGACGAUGGCAGUGCAAAACUGUGGGACACACAUCAAAAAAAGCCUGUAUGGGAAGUGGCUACAGAAUUCCCGUUAUUUACGGCUGUCGCACCCGCUCAUAAUCAUACAAUGUACACAUCUGGACUUGACCCUACAAUCACAGCCUAUGAUAUCAGGCAGUCCCCAAACCACGAACUGUUUAAUCUUGAAAGCCAGCAUGUGGACUCUGUCACAUCUAUUGACAUAACACUCGGGCUCAAGAUGUGCAGCUUCGGCUUCGAUAAUGAGAUACAUAUCCAAGAUGCCAAGCAAAGUCCGACUCGAGAAUCAAGAAAUUUGGGUAUCAUUGACGCUAGUUUCGAUGACAAUGCAAACAAGUUUUUAAUCAGAAAUCAGUUUAUCAAUGAUGACCAACACAUUAUUUGUGGAAACAGCUUGUUCGACGUCACUUCAAAACAACGUGUUGUCGAUUUUACUGCUGAACUGGACAAACAAGUGAGCGUCAUAGACAAUAACUACGACAGAGACUCCAAAAAAGUUAUAAUGAGUGCUGAUAAUGGGAGCCUUUAUGUAUACCAAAUGUAA